AUGACACACCCGCGCUGCGAAUGCGGCUACACGGUCAACGCUACAAACACAUCCAGCCCGUUCGCCCUAUUCACCGAUCUCCUAGAAACCGACUUUCUACACCUAUACAAUUUGCCAAACAGUGUCGACAUACCAGAGUCGGAGGCCGUGGGCUGGGCUGUGCAGGCGUACAACAACACUCCUACGACCGCUAGGGGUCCUUUUGGCAAAGCAGCCGAGAUCGACAAUGUGGUCCUGAACCCGCUGUCCUCCCGCAAAGACUGGGCUGGAGAGGGAGCUUUAGGCGGUGCGCCGGGCUUACAGGUCUGGGUCAGAAGUCAACAAGAUCUGCUGGGUCCGGUCGGAAGUCAGAUGGUUCGUAUGGGAGAGAUCAAUAGCCUGCGCCGAGACAUGCGCUAUGGGAGCUUCAGAGUCGGCAUGAAGAUGAGCGGCGUUAAGGGCACCUGCGCUGCUUUUUUCUGGUACCGCAACGACUCGCAAGAAAUUGACAUGGAGUAUCUCAGCCGUCAAGCUUCUGGCAGCGGCUCGUCGCCCAUCAAUCUCGUCAUCCAAUCGCCAGCCUCUGCAGAUGCCAACUACAACGCCAUCAACACGAGUACCUUCCGCGUCCAGAAUCUGCCCUUCGAGCCGAGUACCGGAUAUCACGAGUAUCGUUUCGAUUGGACUCCCGAGCGCAUAGUCUUCUUCGCCGACGGCAAGCCGCUGCAAGAGUUCGAGAACACCUUCGAUGGAGAUGCCCCUAAUGCUCCUGGAACCUUGAUGCUGAACCACUGGUCUACAGGUAAUGCUGGUUGGAGUGGUGGCCCCCCAGCCGAGGACGCUGUUCUCACACUCAGCUACGUCAAGGCCUACUUCAAUUCGAGCAAUGCGACGAGGGAGAGCCAUUGGCGCGGCGCUUGCGCAAAUCGUCUUGAUCUAGAGGAUUGUACAUGUCAGAUACCAAAUUAUCCUACUCAAGGCAUCGAUCCGCAACGCACAGGAUUCAAGGAUCCCGGCAAGAGCCACUUCUUCAUGUACGAUGACGACUACAACGUCAAUCAGACAACGUAUCCAGCUGCGACGGGCACAUCAUCGUUGUUGGCCAUACCGGAAACAUGGACGACGCUCUGCUGGGUGGUGAUGUUCGGACUGUUCUUGCUCUGCGGUUGA